GGUGUUCGCUGUCUGAUGUUUCAAAUCAAACACCGCGCUACAGAUGCGAAUAUUAAUCACGUAAACAAGAACAAAUAGUCAUAAAAACGAGUUUAAACUAAUAUGUGAAGACUUAUGUUAUGAUAUGGACGUGACGGAUCAGUAUUUACCUCGAACUCUGACAGGAAAGAUGAUGUUAUAUCAGUUAUUCCUCGUUUAAUCUUGUAGUGUGUGUUUGUGAGCUUCACAUGGCUUCACUGGUGGAUUAUGAGGACUCUGACAGUGAGACAGAUCAGGAUGCUCAGCUUUAUCGUGAUGAAGGCCUCAUCAUCAGCUCCUCUUCAUCAUCAUUAUCAUCAUCUUCAUCACGUGUGUCAGCAGCACAGUGUGGUUCCUCCGGCUCCGUGAAGAGAGUCCUGCAGGGUUCUGCGCUGAGGCCGUAUGUUCCUAAGAGACAGCGACUGGAGACCGCAGCGGUUCAGACUGAAGAAGCGUCUCCGUCUGGAUCUUCUGGGUCUCUGCUGCUGUCUCAGGUGUCCGAGAGGGUCCGGCCGUUUCUGGGCCGAAGGCAGGGUCAGGUCCAGCUGCCCAGACGCAUGCAGAGCCGCAUCGAGGCCCAUCAGGGUCCAGUGAACACACUGCAGUGGAGUCCAGUGGAUCAUCUCAGUCAUCUGCUGCUGUCCGCAUCCAUGGACAGAACCUUCAAGGUGUGGGAUGGUGUUGGCGAGGGGCGGUGCUUACAGACUUACUCCGCCCACCGGGGCUCCGUGCGAGAUGCCUGUUGGCUGUCCUGUGGGCGACGCCUCCUCUCAGGCUCGUUCGACGGCAGCGCAGCGGUCACUGAUGUGGAGACCGGUCAGACGAUCUCACGGAUGGAGAAUGGAUUUAAGGUGUGCUGUGUGGCCCCGCGUCCGUCUGACCCUGAGGUGUUUCUGUGCGGAGGCUUCAGUCCAGAGGUCAGAGCCUGGGACGCUCGCUGCUGUAAGAUGCUGCGGGUGUAUAAGGCGGCGGUUCAGCAGACGCUGGACGUCUUGUUCCUGAGCGGCGGGAGAGAGUUCAUCAGCAGCACUGAUGCGGUCAGCCGAGACUCUGCUGACCGGACGCUGAUCGCCUGGGACUUUGAGACGACCGCCAGACUCUCCAACCAGAUCUUCCACGAGCGCUUCACCUGUCCGUGUCUGGGGUGUCACCCGCUGGAGAGCAGUUUCGUGGCUCAGACUAACGGUGGAUACAUCGCUCUGUUCUCCGCACAGAGACCCUACAGGAUCAACAAGAGACGCCGCUUCGAAGGACACAAGGUGGAGGGUUUUGCAGUGCAUUGUGGGUUCUCUGCAGACGGCAGUGUUCUGGUCUCUGGUAGUUCUACAGGUUCUGUGCACUUCUAUGACUUCCAGAGCUCACGUCCCCUGAGCACGCUUCACGCUCACCAACACGCCUGCGUCUGCGCCGCGAUGCAUCCCAUAAUGCCCGGCCUCACGGCCACGUGUGAUUGGACGGGAGAGAUCAAGAUCUGGAGCUGAUUGAUCAGUGUUACCAUGGACACCAAACUCCAUUCCAUUUGAAGCUUCUCCUCAGUGAGGAUUAUGGGUAAUCAAAUCAAAUCAUUGUAUGAUGUUAAACUUAAAAUCCUCUGAAUGUUACGUGGUUUCUUGUUUGUUUACUUUUAUUCUUUAUAUGUGUGUGUGUGUGUGUGUGUUUCCCUAAUAAAAUAGAUAAUUCUUCUAUGUAAGAUUUUUAAUGUUUCUUAGAAAUCAUUCUAAUAUAAUGAUUUACUCAACUCAACUUUAUUUAUAAAGCACUUUCAACACCACAAGUGGAACCAAAGUGCUGUCCAGAAAGUAUGAAAGAGAAACAUAAAAACAAAAACAGACAUACGUCACACACUUACAAAGCAUUGUCAAAAGCAAAAGAUUUACUGCUGUGUGUUGCGUUCCCCGAAGAAACUAGCGUUUGCUCAUGAAACAAUGCUUUAUUGUGAUGGAUGUGAAUGGCACAUACUGUGGAGUGUAUGAUGACCUUCACCUGACCUCGUCCUGCUCUGGAGUCCAGCAGAAGAGCGCUCUGUUCUCUCUGUGAUUAACUGUACAUGGAGCAUGUCUUUAAACAGACUCCGUCAGCAAUAAAACCAGCGCAUUUCUCUCUGCCUUCAAACGGAGCAGAGAGAGUUUAUAUUCAAAUUAAUCCUGACUGACCUCCGGCAGAAAGAGAAACUGAUGGAUCUUAAACCUGCGACUGCAGAAUGAAAACGGAAAGGAUUCGCUGCGCCUCCGACUCUCUUUAAGGUUGUGAUAUUUUUAGGAUGAGUUUCCCUCUGAAAAAGAAACCAGUGUAUGUGUGUGUCUGUGUGUGUGCGUGCGUCUGUGUGUGUGUGUGUAUGUGUGUGUGUGUGUGUGUGUGUGUGUGUGCGCACCUCGGAAGGUUUGUGCGCUCUGGUAAAUGAUCAUUCAAUAUUCCACUCUCGAUCGAUCAAUAUUACACAUCAGCAGACGAAUGUCUUUUCUUGUUUCAUUUGAGCUGAAUGCGGCCGAUGAUGAACUCUGAUUAUGUUUGUAUUCUGUGAGUAAUGGAUGAUAGAAUUAAACAUUUUGGGGUUAACUAUACCUUUCAGAUAUACUAAACAAUAACAUGGAGUUUUUCUGCAAAGCUGCUUUGGAAAUGUAAUUGUGAAAACUAAUAAAGUCCAGUCUGAAAUGUGUUAAUC